AUGUCGAAGUCUUUGGCUUGUAAAACCAUUCAUGUGUCACCUGCAUUGGGGCAGUAUAACCCCGAUUCUGUGGAGGUGAUCAUGAGCCAAAACGGCUGUGUUCCAAAUGAUCAAAGCCAGAUUUUGGGCACUGAGCUCAACCUGAUGGAGAUGACAGAAGUGGAGUACACCCACCUUCAGCACAUCAUCCAGUCACACAUGGAGGCACAGGCGGCUGGUCCAGAGGGAUCUGGAGAUGCCCGGUUCAAUACUACCGUAUUCACUGUGGAAAGCCCCGCACCCCAACCUACGACCACAAACUGCGAAGCAGAAUACCCAGCAAAGUCUCCACUGAACACUCCACCUGAUGUCAUAUCAACUUCAACUGAUGAGCAGCAGUACAUUUUCGGCGACUUGAACCAGGGUGGACAGGUUGACAUCAAGGAAAUUAAAAUGGUAUUGGUCAGUGACGGGAAUGUUAUACCUGGAGAAAGGACCCCCACCACUUGCGGUGAAGUCCCCGGCUCUGUGUUGGCUAAAGUCAGGAGUGCAGUGGAUGCGACCCAAGAACGCGGCUUGGAAGCAUACAACAACGGUAGCACACAGCUAUUGUCCAGGCCUAACCCACCCGCCCGAGUUCGCUUGGAGAAGAGGUUCAACUGCACCCCCUGUGACAUCCCCAGACAACAGGAUGUGCAAUCAGCAGCUCUUAGCAAGAAAGUUUUAUCCCUCAAUUUUGAGUGACGAUAAUGUAGGCCUAUACUAGCCAUACUUUGUUUAUAGCUGUAAAUUAUCUACUACGGUACUAAAAACACGUUGUCAUAGAAGGACUGAGUUACUCAACAUUUGUCUUUCUUUUACAGUUUUUUGACAAUGCUUCAUCACUCCAAUGAGGCGCAAGAAGCAGCAAUGCAUCCACAACCGCAGAAGUGGGUGAGGUCAGAUCGUGGCAACCCUAUUGAGCUGUCAUACCCAUAUGGAAGCAUGUUCAACCCCAUCGCUGGCGCCCGUCAAGUAUGAGCAACAUACUACUGAUGUUACUAGUUCAUAAAAAUUGAAUUGUUUUAUAUUGUUACAAGGAAGGGAUUCAGUGCUAUGUUUUGACAAGUAUUCUAUUCUUAGGGGUUUGGGAUGGUCCCUCAUAUGCUUGAACCCAAUAAGCAUCAAGGGUUGAUCAUUCCAAAGAACUUCACAUUCAGCUAUCGGCCAGACAAGAUGCCUGACAAAGUUCCAUGCGUCAACAUCCCCAACCCAACAGAGGAGAAAGUUUGGGUGAAGGUGGAAGGUAUGUAUGUGUCUGUCCAAAUUCCGCAUGCUUCUCAUGGCUAUGUCAUGUACUGUAGUAUUGCUGAACAAAACAACAAUUAACACCCUCUUUAUCUCUUUCAGAUGAUGCUGUGGCGAAGACUGCUAAACGCGGUAGGACCCGUGGACCCUGUGCUGUCAAGGCCCCCGGCAUUGUCCCAAACUCAGUGGAGGGAAGAGCAGCUGGAGGAGCAGGCACCAGGAAGAGAGGAGGGCCACCAGUGGAAAGUAGCCAGCGCAGAGAGAGGCACAACAGCAAGGAGCGGGACCGCAGGUAAUCUUACAGUACCAGUCAAAAGUUUGGACACACCUACUCAUUCAACGGUUUUUCUUUAUUUUUACUAUUUUCUACAUUGUAGAAUAAUAGUGAAGAUAUCAAAACUAUGAAAUAACACAUGGAAUCAUGUAGUAACCAAAAAAGUGUUAAACAAAUCCAAAUAUAUUUUAGAUUCUUCAAAGUAGCCACCCUUUGCUUUGAUGACAGCUUUGCACACUCUUUGCACACUCUUUGCAUUCUCUCAACCAGCUUUUCUCAACCAGCUUUGAAGAAUCUCAAAUAUAAAACAUAUUUUGAUUUGUUUAACACUUUUUUGGUUACUACAUGAUUCCAUAUGUGUUAUUUCAUAGUUUUGAUGUCUUCACUAUUAUUCUACAAUGUAGAAAAUAGUAAAAAUAAAGAAAAACUCUGGAAUGAGUAGGUGUGUCCAAACAUUUGACUGGUACUGUAUACUCACAGACACACAAACUGUUGCUUGUUUUACACUCUUGGGCACAUUAUUACUCUUGCUCAUUAGCAUUCACACUUUUACAUGGUACAUUUGUCACAAAGUGCUUAACAGCACAGCAAACCAUACCUAAACCAUAAAAGAGGAAACACACUGACACUUAGUACACACCUCAAACAGAAGCACCUGUCAGUGACACCUUUCACUUUAGGAGGAGGAUCCGCUUCUGCUGUGAUGAGCUGAAUGUGCUGGCGCCGUUCUGUAACCACGAGACGGACAAAGCCACCACCCUGCAAUGGACCACCGCCUUCCUCAAGUACGUCAGAGAGGUGUACGGGGACUCCAUCAAACAGGUGAGUGCCUGACCUAAGUUGAUAGUCCCUAUAUGGCUAUGACCUCACCAACAGACAUAUUGCAGUGUCAUGCUGCUGUAGUGUCCUGAGGCACAGGUAUUCCUCCUGUGGUGACUGACUCUGCCCUCUUCCUCAGGAGUUCCAGGGCACGUUCUGUGGCAAGACUGGUCAGAGGCUCAAGCCCAGCAGUGCCUCAGGUCAAGUCAUGGUCCGCCAGGAGACAGCAGAGCCACGAAGCGCUCCACAGGCAUCAGAGCAGUAAAUACACACCUACACCUAUUUAAUAAUUAUUAUAUUUAUUAUUAAUUUAUUUUACCCU